CUUUCUCCUUCUUUCCACAAACGAUAAGGUGCAAAAGAAGAAAAAGUUAUUUAUCAAUCGAUGGCGAAGAGAAUCGGUGGAGCCGGGAAAUCAGGCGGCGGAGAUUCAAACAUCUUGGCUCGGAUCUCUAACUCCGAGAUCGUAUCUCAAGGGAGACGCGCAGCUGGAGAUGCCGUGGGAGUGUCGAAGAAACUGAUCUGGAGCACGGGAAAAGCGGCGUGGAUCGCUGGUACGACUUUUCUCAUCCUCGUUGUUCCGUUGAUCAUCGAGAUGGAUCGUGAAGCGCAGCUCAACGAAUUAGAUCUUCAGCAGGCAAGCCUCCUCGGAGCUCCCGCGUCUCCUGCGCAAAGGGGAAUGUAGAAAACCCUAGAUGGGCCAACUUCGAGGCUUUUGCAAUUAGGGUGGUUUAUCUGUUUGUUUAAUCUGUUUAUGUUAUGUUUUUGUCGGAUACGAGUUCUUACACACGGACACGGUGGAUUCUCAUUAAAGUUUCGAGCUUGUUUUUAUCUUCAGAUUGGUUUUUGCAAUCGACAGUUCUACUUUCAAUGGAUAAGGAGUUUUUGAUA